AUGAAGCGUUGUCAGUUGGUUGAGCUGACCCUCGACAACGGCUCGUGCACUACACAUAACCGCAAAGAAGGAAUGCGCAGGGGCAUGGCUCACUGCGUUCCUCAGUCGACAUUGGGACGCGAAGCGAGCAACAUGAAUUCGUAUAGAAAAUAUAGUCUGCAGAAUUGGAGAACAGAGGCCCGUAUGCCUGCCGAGCUGGAGGAGGACCCCGUCCUCCACAAAUAUUGGCGGAAGAGGCACACUCUCUUCCACAGAUUCGACGAAGGAGUCAAGUUGGACCGCGAGAGCUGGUUCAGCGUAACCCCGGAGAGUGUGGCAGCGCACAUCGCUCAAAAAUAUAAAUAUGACGUUGUCAUAGACGCAUUCUGCGGUGCUGGCGGCAAUACUAUACAGUUUGCGAAGACCUUCAUCGCAAUAGAUAUUGACCCGAACAAGAUUCGGAUGGCCAAACACAAUGCCAAAGUAUAUGGCGUCGCAGACAAAAUAGAGUUCGUUGUCGGCGACUUCUUCCAGUUGGCACCGCAACUCAGCGCGGAUAUGGUCUUCCUGAGUCCGCCAUGGGGAGGCCCGUCGUAUUCAAAACCCUGCCCUACAGUACAUUUGUCUAGACAUAGUUUUCUCGUCAGAUCACCUCAUAUCGGAGAUCUCUUAAACUCACUGCGCGAUUUUAAAUUGGUUGUUCAGUCGCCCUGCCAGUGUAUGUCUCAACUGCAUGGUAAAAUGCACUCGUUGCCGACUUCCCGAAAACUUUUCUACACGCUGCCCAACCAUGCUAAUGCAGAAUACGACAUUGAAUUAAUGCUGGAACCAAGACCGGCGUCAGAGCUGAUGCGAGUGGCGCGGACUAUAUCGUCCAAUGUUGAGAUGUUCCUACCGAGGAACUCUAGACCCGACCAAUUCACCGCUGGAAGGGGUCAAGUUGAACUGCGAGAGCUGGUUGACCGAACCCCGGAGAGCGUGGCAGCGCACAUCGCUCAAAAGUAUCGUUACAACGUUGUCUUGGACGCGUUCUGCGGGGCUGGCGGCAAUACGAUACAAUUUGCAAUGACAUGUAAUCGGGAAGCGAAAAAUAAAUUAGAUUUUAUUGUCGGCGACUUCUUCCAGUUGGCACCACAACUCAGCGCGGAUAUGGUCUUCCUGAGUCCGCCAUGGGGAGGCCCGUCGUAUUCAAAAAAUGCGAAAUAUGACAUAGAAUUAAUGCUGGAGCCAAGACCGGCGUCAGAGCUGAUGCGAGUGGCGCGGACGAUAUCGUCUAAUAUUGAAAUGUUCCUACCGAGGAACUCCAGACCCGACCAAAUUUUAGCUCUGGCAGAAAAAAAGUUGAGAUAG